AUGGCCUCCAAACUUCCAGCCUUUGCGCUGUUCCCCCUCGCCGCCCUGAGGAAUCAAUUGCUUCCCGAUGAAUGGAUCGCUUGCCUAGACGCAUGGCUUGUACUCAUCGACAGCCACCUCUCGCUUCCCGAUGUUGCAUUUCUCUCCAUCUCAGCCAAAGAUGAAAGCCUUACCGCAUUCCUUACCUCCUUCGCUCACGAAACCGCACUCGGUAGUACCUCAAUUCUCGGUCCAUCCCAAUCAGCAAAGCGCCUACUCAAGGGCUCCUUCCUCUUAACCUCACGACUGCUACGCUCCUCAUCGCCACCGGUUCCUCUAUCGCAAUGGGAAUUCCUCUCCGACUUCUGCCGUGUCUACGGCAAGAAGCGAUCCUCCGAGCUCUUAUCGUCCCUCUCCGAGUCAGCUCAAAAGUCACUAGACGCCUCACUAUCCGCCCUCAAGAAGAUCCUCAUCAAGAACCUGGACCUUGGUCUCCAAGAAGGCGGCGAUCUGAAGGGCGUGGAACAGCGACUGGACCGAGUAAAUGACCUCAUUGGAUCUUCUCCUCAAGUAGCCAGCUUCUUCUUGGCCGGUAGCGACUUUCUCGACGGCCUGGUGUCUUGCUACAAGAUCAUGAACCCUCCUCUCCGCAAGGUGAUCAUUGCCACGACGUACCUCUGCAUGGUUGGGCUGGCGGACGGUAGCCAGGAUCAGAAACUGUCUGCUCUGACGGAUCAGCUGUAUUCUCUCAAAGCGGCGGCGGAUGUGCACAAGGCUGGGCCGACGAAUGUCAACGAUUCUUUGGUGGCCGAGUUAGUCACUUCCACACCAUUACUACAACAGCUGCAGCGGAAGUUGGAAAGUGUCGGGUCUGGUAACAUUCGAACGAAAUCCGUCCUGAAGGAAUUGGCAGCCUUCAAGAAACCCGGCGGUGGCGUCCCGCGCCCCAAAAGGCUAGUCAACCGCCAGCGCAAGGCAAUCGACAAGGGCAAGGGCAAAGACGUCUCCUCCCUCGAGGACACGCAACACCAACAAGAAAUCCACAUCCACCGCAUGUCCCAGAUCUCUCAAAUUCAGGAUCUCUUCCCCGACCUCGGUUCCGGUUUCAUCUCCAAGCUCCUCGACCACUACUCCUCCGACACCGAGCAAGUCGUCGCCUGUCUCCUCGAGGACUCUCUCCCACCCCACCUCCAAACAGCCGACCGAUCCGCCACUCUUUCACCCCCAUCCCCAAAACAACCCAAAUCCCAAGGGCACCUUCGCUCACCAAGAUCCACCCCACCCCUACCUCCAACCAGAGGCACCACCACCACCACCAACCCCCUCGUCGACGACGACGACUUCUUACUGUCUGUCCCCGCAUCCCAACUCCAACUGGGCAAACGCACCGACACCUCCGCCGACCGCUUACUCUCCGCCCCGCCCACCACCUCCAACCCCACCUACAAAUCCCGCAUCUUGUCCGCCCUCGCCGCCUUCGACUCCGACGACGACGAGCGUGACGACACGUACGACGCGGCCGACGUGGGCGGGACAGUGGACGCAGCAACCGUUGCCGCCGGUGUCGAAGACAUUCGGCUGCAAGACAACAACAACCAACCUUCUUCCCAGGGUGGUGGUGCUGGUGGGUUAGCGGAAGCGACAGAGGCCGUACUCUAUGAGGUAUGGAAGACGCGACCGGGUGUGUUUGGGCGCGACGCAGAGACGAGACGUGGGCGGGAAAGGAAGGAGUUACGCGACAAGACGGGGCUAAGUGAUGAAGCGGUGGAAGGGUUCGGAGUGAUGAUCAAUCGCGAUCAGAACAUGAAGAGGAAGUUGGAAAGGAAGUUUGGCGAGGGGGCGUUUAGUGGACAGCAGGUUGAGAUACAGACUACUAGGUGGCGAGAUCGAGGAGGGGAGGAUGGAGACGGAGAGACGGAUACAGAUGGCGGCGGUGAUGGGCCGUCGAGGGGUGGAGGAUAUGGUGGGCCACGAGGUGGAAGAGGUCCGGGUGGUGGCGGCGGCGGCGGCGGGAGAGGAAGGGGGAGAGGAGGAAGGGGAGGUGCAGGUGGUGGUGGUGGAAGAGGUGGUGGUGAGGCCGGGGGUUCGACUGGGCAAGGAGCGCCGGAAUCGGAUCUUGCGAAGAGGAGAAAGGAGGCGAAUAAGGGGAGUAGAGCGAAUCAUAAUCGGAGGGACCAGAGGGCUAGGAAGAUGGCUAGGGGUGGGUUUGGUGUGUAAGUUGUUGCUACUACCUAGUUGAAGCUUAAUGCGGUUGCGAAGAAUAAAGAGGAAGAGAGAUGCGUGUUAAUCGAGAUCGGAAAAUGAUGCGAACCGAUAUCAGGUUAGAGAAAAGAACAAGCAAUUUUGAUCAUCA